AUGAAUUCAAUAGACGUGUCUGAGCGAUCAUCAACCAACAAGUCCGACGUUCCCAAGGAGCGUGUUGCCAAGAAACCCAGGCAAGGCAUGAUUGGACGUGCUGCCAAGGCCAAACUAGAAAGGCAGACACGAAUCUUAGGCAAGAAGAAAGAGAAGUACAAGCAGCUCUCUGAUCAAGAUCAACAAAAGUUUAGCCUUGACUACAUCUUUAAGUCAAUAGAGAUGCCUCAGAGGACGUUGAUGGACCAGGUGUAUGGCAUGAACCCAAUGAUGAGCCUGUACCCAUAUCAACAGAGUAGUUUGGCAAAGAUGCUUCAAAGAGAGACAUCUCCAAAGAUGAUCGACAAUGCAUUAUACGUUGCAACAACAGAUAAUCCUGUCAAGUACAGGAACAUACUCGAUGUUAAUCAUAUAGUUGAUCAGAUGCCACAAGUUGAGGAUGUUCGAGGUGGUAUACUAUGCGAGGAGAUGGGUACUGGCAAGACUGUUAUAUGCAUUGGUAUGUGA